CACUGAUAGGGGCACUGACUGGCAUUGAUAGGUGGCACUGACUGGCACUGAUGGGUGACACCGAAAGGCAGCUCAGAUGGGCACUGAUAUGUAGCAUUGAUGUGCACUGGUAGGCACUGAAAUGUGGCAUUGAUGCAGCAAUGGCAGGUGGCAUGGAUGAGCAAUGACAGCUGGCACUGAUGGACACUGACAGGUGGCACUGCUGGGGCUACACAGAUCAUCAGGGCACACUAAGCAUCAGUGCCCUGAUGAACACUGUCAGCGUGACAGCUCAUGAGGAGAGAAAUGCCGAGAACCAGCAUUUCCCUAUUUACAUGCGAUCAGCUGUGAUU